AUGGGUCAUAAUAGAUACGGACAAUUAGGUUGUGGACCAGACAGUGAUAUACUAUAUGGGGACACAAUUCGAGUGAAUUUCAGUCCUAAUCACGAAAUUAAAAGUAUUUAUUGUUGUCUUUACUCUUCAUUUGCCAUCACAUCGGAGGGACAGGUGUUUAGUUGGGGUCGAAAUGAUUUCUACCAAUUGGGACACAAUUCAUCGGAUAAUAUAUGGGAACCACAACUCAUUGCAGACAUGACUGAGUUAUCAAACAAUGGUAUGAAUUGGGUUGAGGUGUCAUUCAUAGAGUACUGUAUGUACAGACAGUUAGUCAUUGACUUCACGACUAACAGUGUUAUCGAUAUUGUUUCCGAAGUGAAUGAAUACAACCGUUUAUACGAAGAGUUGCAUUCAUUAGGUUCGGGAGCUUUUGGGGAAUAUAACUAA